UGUAGCAGCAAACUGUUUCUCACACUGAGGAUGUAAAGAAUGUGCUCGAAACCAGGCGAGAAACGGUAAAGUUGCAGGUGUUCCAAUUUUGCUGUAUUGCAGAAUAACAGCGAUAAAAGUCCUUUUUGGUAUGACAGUUGAAAAGGAACAGAAAAGGAACAGGUGGUGGCUGUGAUGUCUCAGAUGAUACCUGGUUCUCCUUGCCUCUUGUCCACAACGUACGUUUGGGAUUUAUUUGUCGAGACAAUUCUCAUUUGAGAGUGAGGACUCAAGACUCUGUGAUAAAGCUUCUUCCAAAAUCAACCGGAUGCCAUAAUCAAACAAGCUUAUUUUAGACAAAACUCAACACAAUGAAGAAAGCUAAAGGAGGAUCCAAAGAUGAGCAUACAGGAAUCAGAGAAGCAAAAAGAUCCUAAAUAUUCUGUUUUUUUUAAAAAAAAUUCCUACAAAGAAAGUGCAGCAAAAUUUGCACUUUGCAAGCUUGCAAAAGAAAAGAUGAUGCAACAAAACCAGGCGAUAUUCGGAUUUCACAUACGCAGUGCCUCAGCUCAGGUUACAGCCUUUUCACAUCCUUCCCCUGAGAAUUCAAGAUAGCAACAAUUUUACAUAAUAUCCUUACCGUUCUCCUACCUAGCCACUCCAUACUUCCCAAGGAAAAUCAUGGCAGCCAAUGACUCCAACCAUAAUGAAGAGGAGUUCUUGAAACAUUUCUACGCCAUCAUGUACACCAUCAUCCUGGUUCCUGGGCUGAUUGGGAAUGUUUUGGCUCUUUGGGUCUUCUAUGGAUACAUGAAGGAAACUAAACGGGCCGUGAUUUUUAUGAUCAAUCUCGCCAUUGCAGACUUGGCCCAAGUUUUAUCUCUGCCACUAAGGAUUUUUUAUUAUCUGUCUAAAAGUUGGCACCUGGGGAAGGAACUUUGCAUGUUUUGCUUCUAUCUCAAGUAUGUCAACAUGUAUGCAAGCAUUUACUUCUUGGUUUGCAUCAGUGUGAGGAGAUUCCAGUUCCUGAUGCACCCUCUGAAGUUCAGUGACUGCAAGCGCAUCUACGACAUGUACAUCUGCCUUAUUGGAUGGGUUGUAGUUUGCCUUGGCUGCUUACCCUUCCCCCUUCUGCGUCUUACCCCCAACAAGACCGGUGCCAACAAUAAAUGCUUUGCGGACCUGCCCUUGAAGACUGCAGAUGAACCUAUCUCAAUAGCAAUGAUGUCCCUAGGUGAGCUGGUUGGCUUUGUAACCCCUCUGUUGAUCAUCCUGUAUUGUUCCUGGAAGACCAUCUUAUCUCUCCAAGAGAAGAAUUCUGUUUCCCAAGAUCUUGGGGAGAAACAGAAAGCCUUAAAGAUGAUCCUGACUUGUGCCAUUGUCUUUUUGAUUUGCUUUGGUCCUUAUCACAUCAGCUUCCCUUUGAAUUACUUGGUCAAGUCCCAAAAGAUAGAAGAUUCUUAUGCCCGGAAGGUUAUUUUGGUCUUCCACGCGAUUGCCUUGUGUCUUGCCAGUUUAAAUUCAUGUCUCGACCCUAUAAUUUAUUACUUUACUACCGAUGAGUUUCGAAGGCGGCUUUCAAGGCAAGAUUUACAGGACAGUGUUCAAUUUCAUAACAUGCACUGUGGACGUGCAAAGGAUCCAUCCGAAAUAAGUAUUGUUGAAGCUGAGUGAUUGAGAGGAAAUUCAUAUUACGGGUGGAGUGGGGUUGAUAACACCUAUAUGUGAUGCCAUAAUAACUUGGGGGGCGGGGGGCAGAUUUACCACUUAUUUUAAACAUUUCACUAGAGUACUCUUCCAGGUACAAUUGGCCCAUAUAGCAAGCAUGGGGAUAAAACUCAAAA